CUUCACAAAUUCCCAGGGAAUAGGGGUAGAUUUGAGAUUCUUGAUGUAUUUUUAGGGGGUUGGAGAGGACCCCAUCUGAGAAUGCAGCCUCCCUAUCUGUCUGAUAUACAGUAGCAGCGAGCCUCUUUCAACACACACACACACCAUUGCUGGAUGCAUUCACCACCUCAUUUUAUCUGUACUCCCUUCUCUCUGGCAGCUCAUCCACACUUACAGCAACCUUGUCUUUCACUUCUCUAAACAAUAAUAGGUGCAAAAACACCUUUCAAAGGAAAAUAACAUACAUUUAAACAAGGAAACUGCAAUGUGGUAAAAUAAAAUAUGAAAAAUGUGAUUUUUCUGUCAAGUAUUUAAAUGAAUAUUAUUAGAGGAAAGUUAGGCUAUAUUUAGUGCAAUUACUAUCAAAGACAGUCAUAGUGGCUUCUCUGGAGCGAGAAAACCCGAGAUAUAGAAAGAGGGAGAGAGAGAAAGAGGUAGAGACUUGCCAGAGAGCGAGUGAGACAAGAGACAGGGAAAGAGGGAGCGAGAGCGGGGGAGAGGGAGCACAUCAGCGCGGCAGCAGCAUUAGGGGCAUAUUCAUUAGUCCAAACAAAAACGAGAAUUCAUAUUGGAAAAAUGCAGAUGGCGUGCCAGGGCCUUGCGAGCGGCGAGACUCUGAAGUCGCUGAAGGCGGAGAGCGAGACGCUGAGGAAGAAGCUCGAGGAGGAGCGGAAGAAGCUGCACGAUGUGGAGUUGGAGAAGGUAGCUGAGAAGGCGGAAGUUCUUGGUGAGUUAAACAUGAAGACUCGGAGGACACUGAAGGGCCAUGGCAACAAGGUGCUCUGUAUGGACUGGUGCAAAGACAAACGACGCAUUGUCAGCUCCUCACAGGAUGGGAAGGUCAUCGUAUGGGAUGCUUUCACCACCAAUAAGGAACAUGCAGUGACCAUGCCGACUACGUGGGUGAUGGCGUGUGCCUACGCCCCCUCUGGCUGUGCCAUCGCCUGUGGGGGAUUGGAUAAUAAGUGCUCAGUGUACCCUCUCUCAUUGGACAAGGACGAGAACUUGGCGGCCAAGAAGAAGUCGGUUGCCAUGCACACCAACUACCUGUCCGGCUGCACCUUCACCAACUCUGACAUGCAAAUCUUGACAUCCAGUGGGGACGGUACCAGUGCGCUGUGGGACGUGGAGAGUGGUCAGCUGCUGCAGAGUUUCCACGGUCACUCUGCUGAUGUCCUCACUCUGGACCUCGCCCCCUCUGAGACUGGAAACACCUUCGUCUCCGGGGGUUCUGAUAAGAAGGCUAACGUUUGGGACUUGCGCUCAGGGCAGAACGUCCAGUCGUUUGAUACCCACGACUCUGACAUCAACUGUGUCAAGUACUAUCCCAGUGGCGAUGCUUUUGCCUCUGCUUCUGACGACUCUACCUGCCGUCUGUUUGAUCUCAGGGCUGAUCGGGAGGUGUCCAUCUACUCCAAAGACAGCAUCAUAUUUGGAGCCGCCAGUGUCGACUUCUCUCUUAGUGGUCGUCUGUUGUUUGCUGGCUAUAAUGACUACACCAUCAAUGUGUGGGACGUCCUGAAGGGGACCAGAGUAGCCAUCCUGUUUGGUCAUGAGAACAGAGUCAGCUCACUCAGAGUCUCUCCUGAUGGAACUGCUUUCUGCUCCGGGUCCUGGGACAACACUCUACGGAUCUGGGCCUAGAGCUGCUGUGAUGUCAUCAGAGCGAGACUGAACCUCUGGAAGUCAGGGGUCAGAGGUUAAGGGUCAGGACCAGAGUCAUGUGACCAGUCGACCCAGAGUGCCCAUGGAGCACACCCUACCGCAGAAAGAGUCUGCCUAUAGAAACUAUAUUCAGUUACACACACACAAUAAUAAACUAUCUAGGUUUGACUCACAGAGACUAUUUAUUUGACUGAAGUUGGACUAUACCAAAUGCUCAUCAGGUCAAUGAGGUCCUAAAGCUUUAUUAUUAGCAGUAUUACAAUUAUUAUUACUAUUGUAUUACUAAAGUCAUUUGAGCAGUUUUCCUCUACAGCAGGUCCUAGCCAAUGCCAUGCAGUACUGACUUUCCUGUAUAGAAGCUAACUCACUGCCGUUUUUAUGCUCCCUAGUCCCCCUUUAAACCUGAUUCACAGUCUGUAGUUUACCAGUCAAUUAGUCUGCCCAGGUUGUAACUUGCUCAGAUCUAAAGUGCAAUACUACUAUAUAAAACCAGACCAUAGACUGUGGCUAGCCAGAGAGGGAGAAAGAGGGAGUGUUUGACGUAUUGUUCAUUUGUAAUCAUAGUCUUCUUGUGAAAUAAAUACAUUUUAUUUAAAUGAUU